UUCUACAGGUGACAAUGUCGAGGAUAUAUCUACCGAUUAAAGAGAUUACAGAAGCCACCAACACUUGGACUGCGCUUAUCCAAGUUGUUGAAAGGCCACCCGUUCACCAAAGCAAAAAUGAUUCGACAAUGCAUUAUCGCAGAUACUUAUUCACAGAUGAAGAGGGCACAAAAGUAGCUACAGUUGUUUACAACACUGUCAUUGACGAAUUUGCGCCACCGUUGUUGAUGCCAUACAAAAGGUACUAUGUUUCAGGAGCAAAAGUACGGCCAGAAAUACCACUGUAUCAGGUUGGUGAUUACAAGUACAAAUGUAUUCUGGUUAAAGGUACCAAUGUUGAAGACUAUGAAGAACCCCUGCCUCCACAACUUCCGUGCUCAAUUGAAAUUCAUCCAUUUGCAAUUUUACACAACUAUGCAGAUACAGAGAAUCCCAGAAGCUUGCUUGCAGUUGUUGUUCAUGCUUUUCCAAAAAGGACUGUUGGUGCUAACACAACACGUGAACUGAUCGUUAUCAACGAAGAAAUGAAACCAAUGAUUCUUACACUAUGGAAUCAGUUUGAAAAAGAUGACGGUCCAACACUGACUAAUAACAUUGCAGCAGCUAACAUUGUCCUCGCUAUGAGAAGCCGAGUCACCACAUUCCAUGGAUUGUCGUUGUCGACUAAAGUUGGGACUUGCUUAAUGGUGAAUCCACCUAUACCUGCCGCAGCCGACCUCAAGCAGUGGUACAUUCAGAACAAAAAGAGUGUUGCAAAACUCAUUGAUGAAGAAGCAUAUAAAGAUACAAACAAGUUAUACCCAUGGCCUGAAAUCAAUGAAAUAACUACUGUGCAGAAGGCGGUGACAUCCCUGAAAUAUGGCCAAGACUUAAAAGGCGAAAUUGAAGCGUUGAUGGAAAAGCACAGCGUUAUCUGUUUCAUUAAAUAUACCGAGUCUGCUUACCAUACAAUUCUAAAGCUCUAUACGGUUGACCGCAUGAACACCGAGACAAAUAUGCUUGAAGAACAACUCUCCAAAAAAGACACAGCCAGUUCCUCAUCAACUCAGCUCUUCACCCCAACACUCAAAAAUGUGCUCCAGUCCGUUGCCAUGAAAAUUGAAAAAGAUCCAAGCAUCGGAAAUGCAGAACCACUUGCUAAAAAACGCAUCAACUUUGAAAGCCAACCAACGGCCUCCUCCUCAAUCACAACUGCUACACCAUCAAAACAAGCUUCUCCAAAACCAAGUCAGCCCAAUCUUGAAACACAUAAAGAUCUACCUGCCAGCCCUUCAAAGAAAAGUCGACCCAAAAUGGAUUGA